GUGCAAUCCAGCCCACCCACAGGCAGCACACCCGUGCAAGGGUUUGAAGAGAACGAGACGCUCUCUUGAUGCCAUCGCAACGCCAUUUUCUUCCACUGUGGGAGCCUAGUUCCAGCGCCAACGCCACUGAAAAGUCAGAAGAAGCCACGCCGAGCAUGAUCCUGAUCGCGGUGCCUCCGGCCCUGGAGAGUGCCUUGCGGGCUGUCGUCAGAGAUCUCGAUGGAGUGGACUCCGAUUUACGCGAGAAAAUAUCGGAGCGCUUACCUACUAUCGAGGAUCAAGAGCAAGCCGCAGCAGCGGCCGCCGCGGCGAGCGCGGCGACACCCGAAGAAGCGGAGUCGGCACCAGCGGGAGGGGCUCGCGCGGGGGGCGCGAGGGUGACGCUGAACCCGGCAACAUUGGCGAGGGCGUUGCCUCACAUCCGGAGAUUGAUGGCACGCGGCAGCGGGGAGGGCGGUGACGGCCAUGCCGCGUCGUUGGGGGGCUUGCUAGAGCUGCUGCAGGGCGGCGGGCUGGUGUUCCCCGACGCGCGCGGAGCGGCGUCGGCGGCAAUGAAGCACGGCGAGGAAAAGCGUGCGUACCAGGAAAGACGAGAUCGAUUACUCCUGCUGCGAGAGCAGAAAGAGUACCAACGGAUGAUUGACAACAUACAAAGGGCACCGCGAGAGACCGUUCGGGACAUCCAGGCGUCAUUCAAGUUUCAGGUUGGCAUGGGGGCCAACAUGGUGGUGGCGGUGUUCACCACGUUUAUUAUCAGCUAUUGGGCCAGUAAAUUCAUCGUCGGGGACAACAAAUCGCACCGACUAGUCAUCGGGCUCGUGGGCGCCAUGUUCAUCAUGCUGGUUGAGUUGCUGGUGUUUGUGACGCGAUCUCUCAAGGCCGACGAAGUAUUGGAGGACGCACGACGGGAUGCGGAGGAAUCGCACACCGCGGUAGGCGUACAUAGAUUGGCGCCGCGGCCGGGGGAGCCGAUGGGAGGGAGAGGGACGCUAGAGCAAAACCGGACCAGCAGCAGUCGGCGAGGGCGAGAAGGGGAGUACGAGUUGGUACCCACCAGGGGGGAAGACGAACUGAGGGAGGGUAGGGGGGGCGGCGUUUCCAAACCUGUCGGGAUCAGGAGAGUCGUCGAAGGCUGAUCCGACUGGCAUGAACCGCAAAAAGGACGCCGUGAUUUUCUCUUGGUUUUGGUGUCAACGGCUAGGCUUAGCCGUUAGUACGGCGGCAGGAGCACGUGACGUGGGUCGGGGUUCCCCCCCCUCCCCCCCCACCCCCCAUCCCAUCAACACGGACUCGUCUUUCCGUGGCUGGCCCCUGCGUCAAGCGAGCGGGGUUUCAGUAUCCAUCACCCGGGUGUGUAACCAUGCUUUCUGUUGGUAUUAGCGUGCAGCCGAUUCCGAGGAGUUGCUAUGUUGUGUGCUAUCCGCCCUGUUUCGGAGGGCGUGGUACCGUAUGGGGCGUGUUUUACCAUGUUACAUGGCGAUGUUCAGGGAAAACGGAACCUCGCAUACCCCAAUGCCCCUUUACCCCCUCCUCACUAUCCACAACAGCACACUUUGCUCUUUACGUACACGGGAAAAACAAGCGCCGUCUUCCCCGAUGCGAGGAAGAGGGCGAGAACAGGUGACCCCCAAGGUCGUGUCUUUGCUGAAGAGUUUUGCCGGGACGAACGCCGUUUGGUUUGGAGGUGUUACGAGUUUGUCCCUGCAAGAAACCCUUGACUGCAGUUUGCACUUCUCCCUCUUCUGCGUAACAAUCUGUUCAAGUUUGUUAAGUUUCAAGCUCCUUCUCUCGGGUUUGCAGCCCUCUGCGAUGAAGCUAAAUGCGUGCGUGUGGAGAACGGGAAACGGCGGUUUUCGAUAUGAUUGCGUUGUAGCUGAAACCCCGUUUCGGACACCAGGGCAGUUUUGAUGACGCUUAGGAGGGGAGGGGCGCGGAUUCAUCACUCGCGUGCAUCCUUUGCCUAGGCAAUGUAAAAUUCAGGAGGUAGUAGGCAGCGACGUUGCUGUUCGUUUGGACGUGAUGCGGUGUACCUGUUCAAAUUUGCCGGAUUCCAUUUCUCUUGAACGUUGUUCCUCGCUAGACGUUGGGACACACUGGAGAGGAUUUCACCUGAGAACCUGAAGCGGGUAUUUUCCUCAUGUCCGUUGCUUACGAAACGUGCUUUCGUUGAUGAACUACGUGGUGCCAUUCUUUGACCAAGUUGUGAUUUGUGUCUCGUGUGUCGUAGGUUUUGGUUGAGAACCGCUAUUGGUUUCAAAGCGUGUUUCAUCUAUGAUAACGCGGCGCAACAGCAAUCGUGCGUCUGUUUGGACACAGCAGUGCCCUACGUGCACUCCGGCCUAUCGGCAGGAUGUAGAUAAGAAGUGUCUACCGCUAGUAUUCCGGGUUGUAGAUCCCAUUCGUUUGGCCUUUCCAGACUAAAUCAUGACCCUUUUACGGUGGUGUCUGAUAGUAACUUGAGCAAAUAAUAGCUUCGCUUCCACAAUGUGUCACGUAUCUAUUCGUUCGCGGCUCGCACCCCAUGCGUGUGCGGGCGUGCUCGACUUCAACGAUGCUCGGUGUCAACGAUGCUCUACCUCAACAAUGCUCGCGAUGCUCAACGUCACGAUGCUCGUGGCAACGUUUCUCAACAAGACUGAUAUCGACAUCAACGAUGAUCAACGUCACGGAGGAUUGACGUCAACGACGCUCGGCAUCUAUGAUGCUUGACAUCAAUGAUGCUUGACGUCACAACGGUGCUCGGCAGCAACGAUAUUCGGUGUCCACGAUGCUCGAUGUCGACGAUGGUGGACUCCUGACCCUUGACGUCACAAUGAUGCUCGACGUCAACGAUGGUCGAUGUCAACGAUGCUCGACAUCAAAGAUGCUCGACAUCAAUCAACGAUGCUCGACACCAACGGCGGUCAGCGCCAACCAUGGUCGAUGUCAGGGAUGCU